CGCCUAAGCCCGGAGAGCGCCCGGCACUGCAGCCGCCGACGCAGCAGCGGUCCCAGCUCGCUGAGCCUCGAGACACGCGGAUUCCCGGGCGGCCCGGGAGGGCGCUGCGUGAGGGCGCGCGAGGCGGCGCGGGGCAGGCCGCACGAGCCCCUGGUCGCCCCCCGCCCGCGGGCGGACCGGCCCAGCGCAGCCCCGGCACGGGGAGCGCCGGCCGGGCGAGGGCGCGGGCGAUGCCGCGGUGACGGCCCCGCCAUGGCGAAGCCCCCGGCGGCAGCGGCGGCGGCGGCGGCGGCGUCGUCGGAGGAGCUGAGCCAGGUGCCGGACGAGGAGCUGCUGCGCUGGAGCAAGGAGGAGCUGGCGCGGCGGCUGCGGCGCGCCGAGGGCGAGAAGGUGGGCCUCAUGCUGGAGCACGGCGGUCUGAUGCGCGACGUGAACCGGCGGCUGCAGCAGCACCUGCUGGAGAUCCGCGGCCUCAAGGACGUGAACCAGCGGCUGCAGGACGACAACCAGGAACUGCGCGAGCUCUGCUGCUUCCUCGACGACGACCGGCAGAAGGGGCGCAAGCUGGCGCGCGAGUGGCAGCGCUUCGGGCGCCACGCGGCCGGCGCCGUGUGGCACGAGGUGGCCCGCUCGCAGCAGAAGCUGCGCGAGCUCGAGGCGCGCCAGGAGGCCCUGCUGCGUGAGAACCUGGAGCUCAAGGAGCUGGUGCUGCUGCUGGACGAGGAGCGCGCGGCGCUGGCGGGGGGCGCGGGUGGCGGCGGCGGUGGCGGCGGCGGUGGUGGUGGUGGCGCCGGCUCCCGUAGCUCCAUCGACAGCCAGGCCAGCCUGAGCGGGCCGCUGGCGGGCGGCGCGGCCGGAGCGGGGACCCGCGACGUGGGCGACGGCAGCAGCACGUCGAGCGCCGGCAGCGGCGGCAGCCCCGACCACCACCACCACGUCCCGCCCCCGCUGCUGCCCCCCGGGCCGCACAAGGCCCCGGACGGCAAGGCUGUCGCAACACGCAGGUCCCUGGACGACCUGUCGGCGCCACCGCACCACCGAAGCAUCCCCAACGGCCUGCACGAUCCCUCGUCCACCUACAUCAGGCAGCUGGAGACCAAGGUGAAGCUGCUGGAGGGUGACAAGCUCCUGGCACAGCAGGGUGAAGGCCAGGACCUCGCUCUGGCAGUGGAAGCCUCCGACCAGCGGGUCAGCAGCCUUCAGGCAGGCUCCGGAGAGUUCCGGACACUGCGGAAAGGCUUCUCCCCGUACCACUCGGAGUCCCAGCUCUCCAGCCUGCCGCCCUCCUACCAGGAUGCCCUGCAGAAUGGCCCGGCCUGCACGGUUCCCGAGCUGUCCCCGCCGCCCUCGGGUGGCUACAGCUCUGCGGGACAGAAGCCCGAGGCUGUCGUACACGCGAUGAAGGGCCUCCGGGUGCGCCCUGCGGUGCAUCUCCCACCAUGGCAUCCCCAUCCCUUCACGUGUAUGCGCGCCGUGGACGCAGUGCACGGUCCCCCGGGUGUGAGGCCUGGCACGGCUGCACAGACACGGCACACUCGCGCCUGUGCGGGCGGUGACCGGGACACACCCCUGACGUGCAUGAGCCGGGCCGCCCUGAGGCCCAAGUGGGGGCCCGGGGGCGGAGUCCUAGAGGUACAUGAGAACCUGGACCGGCAGCUCCAGGACAGCUGUGAGGAGGACCUGAGUGAGAAGGAGAAGGCCAUCGUCCGAGAGAUGUGCAACGUGGUCUGGAGAAAACUGGGAGAUGCCGCCAGCUCCAAGCCCUCCAUCCGGCAGCACCUGUCUGGAAACCAGUUCAAAGGGCCUUUGUAGGGCCGUUCCCCUGUGGACGUGGACUGGCCCUGCCUGGGGUCCCCAGACGUGGGCAGGCCCUCGCGCCGAGCCACUGUCUCCUUUUUCCGUGGUGAAUUGUACAUAGGACGCUGCCUGCUGUGGCCUGGCUGCCGGGGGUGCGACUCCAUUUCCCACCUCUCACACACCAGCAAACCGGGAAGACUAUUCCCCGCAGCAGAGCGGCCUGGACAACCUCGUUCCUGCUCAGGGGCCUGGGCUCUGGGCUCCAUUGGCGAGAGGCUGAGGCUGCUCAGAGAUGUCCGGCCCAGGAACCGUGCCGGGCUGUGCCCAGCCUUGGUGGAGGGGCACCUCAUCAAGACCUCCAUCCCCGGCUGCCACCUGUGCUGGACAGAGGCCGCUGGCAGCUGGACUGAUGCACGGGGCACCACUUCUGACCCGCCUGCUGUGGCCUGAACACUGGCUCCAUAAGCAGUGGGUCCCCAGAGUCGUGGACGAGGAAACUCACCCGCGGCCCUUCCUCUGGCCCCAGGGCCCAGCCUCCCCGCUGCCGGCUCUGCUUGUUUUUAGAGUUCACGCCCCUACCCCUAGCCACACACUCUGCAGUGUCCCCUCACCCUGUCCUAGGCUGUGCCCUAUCCUUUUGGGUCCCUCCUGCCCAGGGCCCGAGGCACCUCCAUUUCUGUGCUUCGCAUCAUGGGCUGUGUGGAGUCUCUGGGCUGGGCCUCUCUCUCUGCAUGGGUGGCACCGGGCCGUGGCCAGGCCUCUGCUCAGGAACGGUUGCCCCCGGAGCUUGGACCCCUCUUGGAUCACUGUGGACGGAGUUGCGUGGCCGUAGGUGAAGGAGUUCUGCCCUCCUUGGGAGGAGCCCUGCUUGGCUCUGGUUUUCAUUUUCCUGUGUGACCCUCAGCAAGUCACUCAGCCUCUCUGGGCCCCUGGUCGGGAAAGGAGGGCUCAGAGGUUCGAGGCCAUCAGCUCUAGUCAGCCUGUAUCCUCACUCACAGCACGCGAGCCAACGGGGUCCUCCUGCUGGAGAGGCGGCUGGUGGGUGGGCUGGGAGGGGCGGAGGCCCCAGCUGAGUUCCGCUGCCUUGCUGCCUCCUCUCGGUGGACGGUCACCUCCCUUCCUGAGCCUCAAGUCCUCCCCUGCAGGGUGGGCAGCCUAAGGUCCUCCUUGCAGGGCUCUGGGGAUCAAGUAAGACCUUCAGUGUAAAAGGAUCGUGUAUAAACUGUAAAGCGAGACAUGUAAAUUUUAAAGUUUGUGUGCGAGGGCAGUGAGGCCCUGAGGGCGUAAGUGAUCAGUGGCGUAUCACAGACGAGAUCCCAGAGCCUGGAGGGCGGGGACAGGCCGCUGUUGUAACCAGCCCCCGUCCACCCGCUGUCUGCAGUUCCUCCCCCAUCGCUGGACUCCAGUGGUCAUUAGAACUCUGUGCGCGGGCGAGCGAAGAGCCCGAGAGGCUGGCUUGGCACCGGACAGGCCUCAUCCGAGGCUCACGCGAGGGAUGGGGACCAGGUGAGGGGACGGACCAGGCUGCCCCGUCCCUCUCCCCGGCGGGGACGCUGAGCCGUCCCCACCGCCUGUCUGCCAUCGGCACCCUUGGGUCGACACUCGGGAAAGGCCCGCGGCCCUCACUGUGCCCGAGGAGUGCUGAACGGGUGCCGGUGACGGCGUCGGGCACGGCCCUCUUGCCCUGGGUGUUACAGGAAGCUAUGGGCUCUCUGGAAGGAGCUGGUCCCUAGGUCAUGUGGUGAGUUCCCUGUCAUUAGGGGUGUGCACUUGGAGCUGGGUGAACAUCCUCGGUCAUGUUCUGGGUGACUUCUGCCCGGGUGGGCAGUCAGCUGGAGGGCAGAGGCCCCCUCCCGGGUCCUGGAGUCCAAAGAACCGUGGAGCAGCUCGACGGGGGGCUGGGUCUCUUGGGUGGGAGCCACAUCUGAGAACCCGUGUGUCACGUCUGGGUCAGGCUGGCUUGCCCACCACUGAAAAUAAGCAAUAACUCAGGUGUCCUGGUGACUGCAGGUCUCCUGCAAACGGACCCAGGGAAGAACAGCCUCCAAGGGACCUUUCCCUGCCAGAGGGAGGUGACCCUGUCCCCUAGUGCUGCGGUGGCCUCCGGGGAGUGGGUCAGGCGUUCCCUCCAGAAGCAGCCUCCCGCCCGCCAUGGAGGCAGCACCAGCCGGUGCCGACGUCUCCUUCCUGCCCCUGCCUGUGUCCCGGAGCCAGCACUGCAUGGGAAUGGCUUUUGAGGGCAGAAUCGUACCUGUGACGGCAUCUCUUUUAACGUAAGCUGUCGAAAAGCCUGCAGCGCCUCUGCGCGCCCCACGCCGGCCUGGGGCCCAGCUGCAGCGGGAGCCCACGGCUGGGAGGAGGGUCCCGGGGGCCAGCUCGGGGUGAGUCCCUGCUCUGCCACUAGCAGGGAGUGUGCAGGGGGUGACACCGGCGAACCUCCCAUCUGGAGCCUCAGCUCUGAGAGCUCGUGGUGGGGUGUUGCUGAACCUGAUGUCCUUUCAUAAACACACUGUUUCUAGCGCCCGAAGCCCCGUGUGACACCUGUGCUGUGGCUUCCUUUCCCACUGUGAUGGAUGUCACCCUUCCAGCCUCAUCCCAGGUGGCCAAGCCCAUCCUGGAGUCGGAAUCCACUGAGCAUAUUUUUAUCCAAAAGUUAUUAGCCACACAUCAGUGUUGUUUAAAGAGAAAAAAGUGACCUUUUUUUUUUUUCUUGAAAACUUGAGAGGAAACAAUACAUACUACUGACUUUUUUUUUUUUAAGAAACAAAGGAAAUGCAUGACUGCAGAGCGGGAGAGGUGUAUAUUUUUCAUAACGUGGGGGAAGUACUCGUGCUGCUCUCUGGGAAUGGGCGGACCGCCUGGCCCCUGGCCCCAGGCCGGCAGCCGCGCUCUAUCUACCUUCUGUCGGAUGUGACCGCCCGAGUACUGGGGCCGCCCCCUCCCCAGCUCUGGGCAGAGCUGGGAGCCCUGGACUCCUGUGCCCGUUUCUACCUUCUAUUGAACCACUUUGAUUUGGGGAGAGAAAAAAAAUUAGAACUUUUUGAUAGUGUGGUAAAAACAUUGAUUUGAACUAUUUUAGUAAAAGGAGUAACAGAAGAUUGUGAUAGUGUAUACUUUGCGCUAGAUAAAUAAAGGCUCUUGCAAGCCUC